ACUGAUCUAUGUAAAUGCCAGCCGUGAGCUUCCUAGCAGAGACACCGCCUGUGAAGGCCUCACAACAGCCAACUUCUUGAAACCUCCAAGCUGACUCCUUCAUCCAGGGGAGGAGGGACCCCUCCACGGGAGAACUGACAGCAGGACCCUGGUAGAGGAGGCACCAAGAGCUCCAGGGAGCGGGUGGCAAUCGUGUAGGCGCCAUGGAGACUGCCAUGUGUGUUUGCUCUCCAUGUUGUACAUGGCACAGGUGUCCCCGCUUAUGCUCCUGUCUGUGCUGCAAGUUCCUCUUCACCUCGGAGCGGAACUGCACCUGCUUUCCCUGCCCUUACAAGGAUGAGCGCGACUGCCAAUGCUGCCACUGCACCUGCUCCGAGAGCCCCAACUGCCACUUCUGCUGCUGCUCCUGGGCCAAUGACCCUGACUGUAAGUGCUGCUGUACAGCCAGCAGCAACCUCAAGUGCCACUACUACGAGAGCCGCUGCUGCCGCAAUGUCACCAUCACGUUCCGCAGGAGCCGCCUCCAGAGCAUCCGUAACUUCUCCAAGACGGCCCUGCGCAUCGGGAUCAGCGACGCGCAGCUGGAUAAGGUGAAGAUGAUGCCCGCGAAAAGCAACCUGGUCAGCCACCUGUCGUGCCCCAUCUGCAGCCGGCUGCGCCUGCACUCCUUCAUUCUACCCUGCCACCACAGCCUGUGCGAGAAGUGCCUGCGGCAGCUGCAGAAACACGCCGAGGUCACCGAGAAUUUCUUCAUCCUCAUCUGCCCCGUGUGCAACCGCUCGCACUGCAUGCCCUACAGCCACAAGAUGCUGCUGCCCGAGAACUACCUGCGCGGACGCCUCACCAAGCGCUACAUGCAGCAGCAUGGCUACCUCAGGUGGCGCUUCGACCGCUCCAGCGGGCCUAUCGUCUGCCAGGUCUGCCGCAACCGCCGCAUCGCCUACAAGCGCUGCAUCACCUGCCGCCUCAACCUGUGCAACGAGUGCCUCAAGACCUUCCACUCGGACGUGACCAUGCAGGACCACGUGUUCGUGGACACCAGCACCGAGGACCAGGACGAGAAGAUCUGCAUCCACCACCCGUCCAGCCGCAUCAUUGAGUACUGCCGGAACGACGACGAGUUGCUCUGCAGCUUCUGCAAGACUGCCUUACACAAUGGCCACGACACCAUCAGCCUCAUGGAUGCCUGCUCCGAGAGGGCUGCCGCGCUCUUCAGCGCCAUCGCCAAGUUCAAAGCAGUCCGAUAUGAAAUUGAUAAUGACCUCAUGGAAUUCAACAUUUUAAAAAACAGCUUUAAAGCUGACAAGGAGGUAAAGCGAAAAGAGAUCAGAAAUGGAUUCCUCAAGCUGCGCAGCAUUCUCCAGGAGAAAGAGAAAACCAUCAUGGAGCAGAUAGAGAAUCUGGAAGUGUCCAGGCAGAAGGAGAUUGAAAAAUAUGUGUACGUCACCACCAUGAAAGUGAACGAAAUGGGUGGCCUGAUCGCCUACUCCAAGGAAGCACUGAAGGAGACAGGCCAAGUGGCGUUCCUGCAGUCGGCCAAGAUUCUGGUGGACCAGAUCGAGGACGGCAUCCAGAGCACCUACAGGCCAGACCCACAGCUCCGGCUACACUCCUUGAACUGCAUGCCCUUGGACUUUGCUGAGCUCUCCAAUGCCAUCCACGAACUCUUCCCCACAGGGCCCAAGAAGGUGUGCUCCUCAGGGAACUCCCUGCCAUCACCCUAUCCCCUGCACUCAGAAAUGAUGAUUACCAGGAAGGUCACUUUCAGCACCCACAGCUUCGGCAACCAGCAGAUAUACCAGCGAAGCUCCUCCUUAUUGUCCUUUAAUGCCCCCAGCUGUGAGAAGACCAAAAUGGGUCUGGAGGCCUAUGGGCGAGCCCAGUCAGCUGAACCUGCCAAGCCCACAGACAGCCUCUACACUUACUGGAGUGCAGGGGUAGAAAACCAGCCUGUGCAGAACAGCAGCAGCUUCCACAACUGGUACUCGUUCAAUGAUAGCUCCCUGAAGACUCCAGGCCCAAUUCUUAUCUACCAGACUCUGGUGUAUCCGAGAGCUGCCAAGGUUUACUGGACAUGCCCAAUAGAAGACGUGGACUCUUUUGAGAUGGAAUUCUAUGAACUCAUUAGUUCCCCUCCUAACAAUGUGCAGAUAGAGCUCUGUGGACAAAUUCGGGAUAUAAUGCAGCAGAACCUGGAGCUGCACAACCUGACCCCCAACACCGAGUAUCUGCUUAAAGUGAGAGCCAUCAACGAGAACGGUCCUGGGCAGUGGAGUGAUAUCUGCAAGGUGGUAACACCGGAUGGGCGUGGGAAGAACCGAGCUAAGUGGAACCUGCUGAAGAAUAUCCAGACUGCCCUCCAGAAACGCUUCUGAGCGUCCCCCGCAGAGCAGGCAGCAACCUCAGAGACAUACCGCAAAAUAGACAUAUAUAGACACACACACAUGUGUAUAUGUAUCUUUCUCACCACAUUCUUCAAUGAGGUUGUAGACGAUGUUCCCGGGACAUCUGAGCCAUUUCAGCAGAAGUCUACUAAGAGCUAAUAAAAGGAAAUGCCUGA